AUGCUAAUAUUAAGUGAUGUUAAUAAUUCCGUUCCGAAAAUAAAGAAGUUUGACAAAAACACUUUGAUAGUGAUAACUACGUAUGCUGCUCUCAUGGCUAUGGGUGCAUUGGGGAACCUGGCUAUCCUAGUUACUUUGGCUAGGUCAAGACGUAGGAAGUCAAGGGUCGAUUUGCUAAUGACUCAUCUGGCUGUCGCUGAUGUAUGUGUCACUUGUGGUGUUAUCCCCUUAGAGAUUGGCUGGAAGUACACGAAUGCAUGGCUGGCUGGCAAUCUGAUGUGUAAAAUUUUACUUGUUAUGCGAGCUUUUGGCCUGUACCUAUCAUCCAAUGUUCUCGUCUGCAUAUCACUUGAUAGAUUCUUCGCGGUAGUGUAUCCUUUACGUUUAUCUGUUGCACGAAGAAGAAGUAAACAAAUGUUAUACUGCGCAUGGGCAAUCGCCUUAGCCUGCAGUCUGCCACAGAGCCUCGUAUUCCGGGUGAAGAGACACCCAUACGUAGCAGCGUUCGAGCAGUGUGUAUCGUUUGGCGCAUUCGCAAGUUACCGCUUAGAGGUCGCCUAUAAUGUUUUUUGUGUCUGCGCGAUGUACUUCGUGCCAUUGCUCGUUAUCACCGCCUGCUAUGUACGCAUCUUCUAUGAGAUACAGGCCAGCAGCAAGGAGAUUUCAGAGAAACAUGAACAUACAAAUGGAAUCGGUAAUGUGCGGCUACGACGUUCAGACCGACGGGUGUUGGAGAGGGCAAGACAGAGAACUCUGCGCAUGACAGUUAUCAUUGUCUUUGUUUUCGCGCUGUGUUGGCUUCCUUACGCCACUAUGGCUAUGUGGUACAUGGUGGAUCGUGAGUCAGCCUCGCAAGUACCACCAAAAGUUCAGGACCUUCUGUUCGCGAUGGCAGUCUCCAACUCCUGUAUGAAUCCCCUAGUCUACGGCACCUACACCUUGAAAGUAAACGGAUCCUUGCAACGGCUUCUAAAGAAUAUCUGCUGCAUAUCUGGUGGUGGAUCUGAUACAAUAGGUACUUCAAGCUCGUCAAAAAACAAAAAGCAAGAUACGCAUCCUCUUAAUACAAUAAAGAACAAGGCAUGA